AUGAGAGCUAUCAUUAUUUUUCUUUUCUUCUCAUUCGCAAAAGGAUCCAACAUUGAUGAAACUAAUGAGCUAGCAGACAUUUUCGACGAUCCGGAGAUCAAAGAUUUCUUAAAGGACCUCUCUGCUGGAAACUUACUUUUCUCUGGCUUACAACGCGCUCUUCAAGAACCACACGUCACUGAUAAAGUAGAGAUCUCUACGGAAUGUGAGAAGGAUCUAACCAUACUCUUGAAUGGCAUAAGAACAGCACCCACCAGAAUAGCAGGCGAUGACUGCGAGGGAAAUGCGACCAGAGAGAUCGAUAAGGAGCUGAUUAUUCCUGUAAUGGAUUCAAGUGCGAAACUUGGUUCUGGAGUUCUCCGCGGUCAUCUCACAUUCUUCGGCUCAUAUGAAGAAUGCAAAGCAGUUGAUUAUGUGGAUAAGGACUCAAAUCGCCGAAUCAGAGGCGGAUACUACCGCCUCAGAUUUUAUCUCCCAGUUCGCAACAGAACUGUCGACACCAGUUGGGAUGUGUGCCUGGCGGCAUCUUGUUCUGGAGGGGAUUUGCUUUCAGCGUUUAAGACACAUCCAAGAAUUGGAAAAUAUGUAGUUACUGUAACAGGUGGAUACGACAAAGUCCCCAAAUACGUCGCGACAUCGUACAUUGUUGGAUCAAUAAUGAUGACGAUAAUCGUAAUGUGUAUGGUAACGGGCGCUGUUGAUUACUAUCAAACGAAUGUACAUGUCCUAAAAAACAAAGGUGCAUGGCAUGAGCUUCUGAUGUGCUUUUCCUUGUACCAGAACGUGCGAGAAGUGUUCUCCAUAAGUUCGUCCAAAAAGCCAGGACAAAUCGCUACGUUGAACUGUAUUCGUGCACUUUCCAUAUUAUGGAUUAUGGUUGGUCAUUCAUUUAUAGUACUGGUAAUUACAGUGGAUAAUCCACUCGAUCUCUUUGAGGCCGGUACCACCUAUUACGGUCAGAUAUUCACCAACUCAUACCUGGCUGUCGACUCAUUUUUCUUCAUAGGCGGCAUACUUGUGGCAUUCCUCAAAUUUAAGGAUAUAAGGAGAAAUCCGUCAGCGCUUUCCUUACAUUCAUGGCUAAUGUUCUAUGUGCACAGGAUUCUCCGAUUAUCACCUGCAUACUACAUACUAAUUCUUUUCUAUGGGUUUAUUUACACAUCAUGGUUGUAUGACAUGCCUGCGUUCCUCGGGCCAGGUUUUUCCGGCGGUCCUUGCAGAGAAAAUUGGUGGAUUAACUUCCUUUAUCUCAACAAUUUUAUCGACCAUCAUAAUAUGUGUUUUCCGGUGUCUUGGUACUUGGCAACGGACCUACAGAUUUACAUAUUUUCACCACUGCUCAUCCUACCAUUCGCUUUAUUCGGAACUGGUAUUGGCGUUGCUGUAGCUAUCAUUCUUCUCUUGAUAUCUACUGUACACGCUGAACGGGUUUACCAAGAUGACAAUGACAUGUCCACUCCAGUGCACUCUUCUUCUCUGCUAGACAAACAUUCUGCCAUUCUGUCCUUCUCUAAUCGAUACCAGAAAUGGUUGGACGAAUUAGACGGCGGCUUUACAUAA